AUGCAGUGUGUUCUCGAGGCUGCGUCUGCUCUCCGAUCCCUCGUCGCUGCUCUCUCGAAUCCCUGCGGUACAACUCCUCGUAAUCGCACCGGCGUUGCUCCUGUUGUCCAAGCUCAGGAACUUGCUUCGAAUCAGGAGCUUCUUAGUCUUUCCUACCGAGUACUUGAACGCCUCCCUACUGCCUUCGAAAUGCCCCUGGAGGAAGACAACAGUCGGAAGAGAACCAAAUUCCCCUCAACCGAACUCCCUGACAAGUUCAUUGACGAUAUGGAUCGCCUCGUCGCCGAAGGUGGCUCGGCUGCUCGCAAUGCAUGGCCUGGCCCAACCUGCAAAUCCCGGCACUUGAAAGAUCUGAGCAGCCGCAAAUCUGAUGGUCUUGGCCCCAGCGACGAGGAAGAUAGUGGGGGACUGCAGGUUCUCGGGGGCUUUAGUGUAUUGUAG